AUGAGCCAAACUACACCUCCACCAUCUCCUCUUAUCAACCAUCACUACCACACCAAUCACCCUCAAUCCACCACAAUGGGCUCCAAAGACACCAUGCCAGACACCCACUCCGUCAUAACCCCCGCAAUAAUGUACUGGGGCACCCCAACUGUCCUCAUAACCACCAUAAACGAACACGGCAUCGCCAACAUAGGCCCCAUGUCCUCAGCCUGGUGGCUCGGCCACCGCUGCGUCCUCGGCCUUGCCGCCGUCUCCCAAACAACCAUCAACCUCCUCCGCACCGGCCAAUGCGUUCUCAAUCUAGCCAGCGACGACAUGGGCCCCCACAUAAACCGCAUAGCCAAGACGACCGGAACCCCCGAAGCACCCGCCCUGAAACAAGGACUAGGCUAUACCUACUGCGGCGACAAAUUCGCCCUCGCAGGCUUGACAUCGCGACCCUCCGACCUCGUGGCACCACCAAGAAUAAACGAAUGUCCCGUACAAUUGGAAGCCCAACUCGUAAACCACAUGGCCCUUAUGCAAGACCUCCCAGAUCGAUCCGGUGCAAUCCUAGCCAUUGAAGUCAAGAUCCUACGAACACAUAUUCGACACGACCUCCGCAUGGCCGGACAUGCGAACCGGGUCGAUCCCGACCGAUGGCGGCCGUUGAUUAUGAAGUUCCAGGAGUUCUAUGGGCUUUCGGGGAAGAAGAGGGGGAAGUCGGAGUUGGCGGAUUCGACGCCAGAGGAGAGGUAUCGGGCGUUGAUGAGGUCGGAUGUUGUGAAGCAGGGCGGGGACAUGGAUGAGGGAUCGUCGAGCCCGAAAAAAUAA